UGUUCAUAACCUCAAAAAAUAUAAAACUUAACCUACAUGAACGAUAUGAUACGAAUCGUUUAAAUUAAAACCUUAAUCUUAAAAGAAGUACGAAAACAUGUCUUUGGCCGACGAAUUGUUAGCAGAUUUAGAAGAAAAUGAUCAAGAUGAAUUUGAAGAAGGAAUGGAUGCGGAGGAUGCGUCCGAAGUUAAAGAAGAAAAACCCAAAAUCAUCAUUCCAAUGGAAGAAGAUACAACAAAAAUUAAUUCGGUAAAGGAAUUAUGCAAAUUAUGGAAUUCGGAUCAGUUGCGCACUAUUAUGAAGCAGAUUAAGAGUUACGGUAGUAAACCACGUAAGGCAUCCGAUAUUAUUGGUCCCGUUGAGUCCGAUCCGGAAUACCAACUUAUAGUUGAAGCAAAUAAUAUGGCUGCAGAUAUUGAUGGUGAAAUUGUGACAGUUCACAAAUUCGUGCGGGAAAAGUAUCAAAAGCGGUUUCCCGAGCUCGAUUCGCUCGUGGUAAGUCCCUUGGAGUAUGUGCGGACAGUGAAAGAGUUAGGUAAUGAUCUCGAUCAAGCAAAAAAUAACGAGAUUUUACAACAAUACUUGACACAGGCCACAAUUAUGGUGGUAUCGGUAACUGCUUCGACCACCCAAGGAACCCUACUAACAGAAUUUGAGAAAUUUCAAAUUGACGAAGCCUGUGAUAUCGCAAUCGAGUUGAAUAAUUGCAAGUUGGAAAUUUACGAAUAUGUCGAGAGUCGCAUGGCAUUUAUUGCUCCUAAUAUAUCCGCAAUUAUCGGUGCAUCUACGGCCGCGAAAAUAAUGGGCAUUGCUGGUGGUCUUACACGGCUCUCUAAAAUACCCGCAUGCAAUGUAUUAAUUUUAGGGGAGCAGAAAAAAAGUUUGUCCGGUUUCUCUCAGACAAAUAUGUUACCCCACACUGGGUUUGUAUACUAUUCGGAGAUUGUGCAAAACUCGCCUCCCGAUCUUAGGAGGAAAGCUGCUCGACUGGUUGCCGCCAAAUCGAUUUUAGCCGCAAGAGUAGAUUCCUGUCAUGAAAGUACAGACGGAAGAAUCGGCAAAAUGCUCCGGGAAGAAAUAGAAAAAAAAUUAGACAAACUCCAAGAACCUCCGCCAGUCAAGUUUGUUAAACCUCUCCCGAAACCUGUGGAAGCACCAAGAAAAAAGCGAGGUGGUAAACGAGUACGUAAGAUGAAAGAACGGUACGCGAUGACCGAAUUCAGGAAGCACGCCAAUAGAAUGAAUUUCGCCGAUAUUGAGGAUGACGCGUACCAAGAAGAUUUAGGUUACACUCGUGGUACUAUAGGGAAGUCGGGUGCGGGAAGAAUACGUCUUCCGCAAGUUGAUGAGAAAACAAAGGUGCGAAUAUCGAAGACUCUGCAAAAAAAUUUACAAAAGCAGCACGCUUGGGGCGGCAGUACCACAGUGAAAAAACAAGUUUCCGGUACAGCAUCCAGUGUUGCCUUUACUCCUCUGCAGGGACUUGAAAUUGUCAAUCCGCAAGCGGCCGAGGUGAAAGUGAAUGAAGCAAAUGCAAAAUAUUUUUCGAAUACGUCAGGAUUUGUGAAAUUAGAUAAUUGAAUUGUAUUCAUUUAAAUCGUUUAAUUUUUAUGUUCAAUUAUGCCAUGUUGCUGUGACAAAUAUAAUUAAUUAAUUACUA